AUGAGAAACAUUUUGUUGGCAGAUCCAAUGUCAGGGAUGAAAUGCACCUUCAAAAUUUGAAGUUCAAAUCACAUAAAAUAUCAAUAUAUUGGAAUAAAUAAAGUACACUGAUCAUAACAUCAUAUUGUUUACAAUAAUCAUCAUGCCUACAUGAAGUUGGUAUAGGGCCUAUAAUAUGAAGUAAUCGUUGGAUGCUUGAUUGAAAGCCUCUAGGCUCUUCCCCCGGCCCCCAUAGACAAAUAAAACAGCUUCAUUGGAGGAAGAAAAACUCGUGAAAAAUAGGCAAAUCUUUAGGAGAGGGGUAGGGUCGGCGGGACUACGGAAAUCGUUUACCGGGAUAAUUUUAUGGCAGCAUAUUACACAACCCCGCCCUUUUCGGACUCAAUUAGUGGCUCAAUUAAAGGGCUGACCGUACCGGCGACGCAUACGGUAUGACGCCAUAUACUUUGUGCGCGAUCGAUCGGUCAUGAGCUACAGUGCCAAAGCAAAGGCGGGCGCUUCAAAUGGAAACCAGUCAUUAUGAUUGCGUAUUUUGGUCUAGAGAUGAAAGUGAUGCUGACCUAACUGACAUGGCGCAGAGAAGUGCACAUGUGCCAGGUGUCACUGAUACAGCAUCAAGCCGAAGGAAAAAUGACACUGCUCACGUCAACCUAUCUUCCAUCCACAACAAGCAGAAAUUAAAUAUGCAUCAAAGUCAGAAAAUGAGAGUAGCAGCCUCUUCCUUAAAACCAAGCAUGAAAAGUGAAAACCCAUCAAAGAUUGACAAGCAGAGAGCCUCUCGAGAGCCACCUUCCCUGAAAGAUCUAAGACCUGAAGAUAAGAAAAGAGUUGCAAAUCUCAUCAGAGAACUGGCAAAGACUGGUGAAGAAAAGGAAGUGGCCAAAGAACAGCUGGAAGUAGAGAGGAAAGAAAAUGAGAUGAAGACUAGGACAUUGCAGGCUCAAAUAGAAGCCAUUUUAUGUGAAAGAGAAAAUAUUCAGCAGCAGUACUUGGAUUGUCAGAAGCUACUAUCCUCCUAUCAAUCUAAGGUUUCUGAAGAACAGAAGAAUCUCUCAGGCUCAUUACAUGAACAUCCAUCAUCACAGAAGGGACAUCAGUCAAAUGAAGGUUGGUCUCCUGUCAAGGAGAGUGCGAGAACAAUAUCCCCAACACUUGCAUCAAAGGCAGGCCAGGAAUUUAGAGAGCUACAGUCGGUUCCUGAUCAUUUCAGUGAGAACAAUACCAACUUUAUUGCCCCACCGGGACCUAGACAGAAUGGUGGUCCGUCUGAACAACAAUUCCCUAACAAUCACCAUGGAAUCUCUGAAAGACAGUUCAAUCCAGUACUGAGCAGCACACACAGGAAACAUCACCGAUCUAGGCUCCCUUCAACUGGUGCUGAAGACAUGAGAGCUCCCCAAAGUGAGAACACAGUGAAUGGAUUUUCAUCCUCACAGACACAUGGACAUGACCAGUCGAAGUUAAUCAACUCUCACAACCUGUCAAAGACUAAUGGUUCCCAGAGAGAAGGAUCAAGAAGAACAAGCCAAGAAACAUUCUUUCCCCUGACUGAAGUCACUGAUGAAUCUGCGGUUACUCAUGUGCCUCACGCAAGAAGGCUUGAGGGAAGAGAGAAGAGGAAAAGUUCAGAUAGGAACUCGUGGGUCUCCCUUCCAGAGAUGGAUGAACAAGUUCCAUACAGUUAUGAGUUGCACGAGAAAGGAUUAGGACAGGAUGGUACUUUCAGUGGCUCUACGUCUCACCAAAAGCGACUAGAUUAUCGCAGCCUGACACCAGAGCAGAGACAGCGGCAACUUGGAUCGCUGAAGAAGAAGCUUCAGCAGGAACAGGGAUGGCUGCAACAGAAGCUGCAAGAUCAAGAGCGAUUGCUCUAUCACAAGAGACUAGAGGUAGAGAGACAGAAGCAAGAGCUGAGUCACUUAGAAGAUACAGGAUAUGAUCAAGUUAGGAGAGAGUAUCUUGGAGGCAGAGCAGGGCAGCAGCAGAGAGAAAGGACAGGGGUAGGUGGGGAAUAUAGAACAAGAUUUGACGAUAGAAACGAUGGUUUCGAGGAGGAUGGAUAUCACAAGAGGGUGGUUCCUGAAGGAGGAAAAGAUGAAGUCACAUCACCAUGGCAACAGUAUGAGGAGCAACCCGUAUCUACAAACUAUCCUCCUGAUGAUUAUUUUGGAGAGAUGGAUCAACAACAAUUGACCAGAAGGAGAGCUGGUGAUCAGUUUGACAAUUACAGGGGGAAGAACACUCCUGGUUAUGCUGAGGACAGUGAUAUUGAUUACCAAGAGUAUGAUGAUGAGGAUGAGGUGGAAGAUGAGGAGACUUGGUAUGAGAUGAGGGAAGAGACGGAAGGAGCAGAUAAUGGGAGAAGCAUUCAAGGUUAUGCAUCUCUUCACCCACAGCAAGCCACGAGAAAACAAGGUGCUAUUCACCAACCAGCAGCUACAGAUCCUGCCACAUUCCAAAGCUACCAGUCCUAUCACAACUCUAGCCUUAGGGACACAGUAAAUGGUGCUGAGGUCAGAUCGAAUAGGGGUUACCCAACAAGGAUCAGUGAACCACAGAAACAGUAUGGAAACAUAACAACCCUCCUGGACGAAGAGGGUUUGACUGGUCUAUCACUGAAUGGGUCCAAUCCUCCAUACAUGACUAGACCAAGAACUAAACCUAGACCUGAGACUACCACCACCACCACCCCUAAGAGGAGAGUCAAUGUACAACCACACCAGACCCAUCGGUCUCAAACCCAUACUCAGCAUCAGGCAGAGAUGAGAAUGCAUUCAGUAGGUCCAGACCGAACAAGAGAGAGAGAUAGAAUGACAAAGGAACUGUACAUGUCCCGUUCACAGCAAGGAAAGACUCGGGAUAUCAAAACACGUCCUGCUACCGGUCAAGCUAGGAUGAACUCUACUGGUCAAUCUAGGAUGGACUCUACUGGUCAAUCUAGGAUGGACUCUACUGGUCAAUCUAGGAUGAACUCUACUGGUCAAGUUAGGAUGGACUCUACAGCUCAAAAAGGAUCAUUGCACUCUUACGCAGAUGCUACUGAGGAUGAUGCCCUACAUGCUCACCUAGUUCAAAGGUCACAUCAGGUCAUCCAGGAGAUUGGAAUGCUUCUCAAUCAGAGCGCUGAGAUGGGAGAGGAGGAAGAGUCCAAGGUACUUGAAGAUGUCUUCUUCCUCAAGUGAAUUCAAUAUCUAAGAGAGCCUUUAGCGAUGAAACCCCACCGCCAAGUCUUCACUGGAGCUCAGAAGCUCUACAUUUACAUUCACUCUCUGGUAAGGAGAGUGCUGAUGAAGAUUAGAUGAGAGAUGGCAGAUCCAUACAUGCCAACUGUUCAGAUUAAAGAGGAACAUUCCUCUUUUUGGGAGAAGAUAAU